AUGGCUUCACGAACGAAUUUCCUACAAGAUCCUAGUAUAUUCAAGGACUGCCCAGUCCAGAUCAUUGCCGGAUCCCAGAAGACUAUUUACUACAUCCACCCCGGAGUCCUUUUAUCGAGCGGCUCACCGGUAUUGAAAACCCGUGUCAGCGAUCAUGAGACCAUUGACUGGACUGAGUUCGAUGAAGACACCGUUGAAUGCGCCUUGAGCUAUCUCUACGUGAAGGAUUAUGAUGUGCAAGGUCAACCAAUAUUUGGCGAAAAACUCCUAGAAGAUAAAGAAAAUGACAACAAUUCUGGACAAGCGAUCAAUAAACCCGAAGCAGGAUUUUCGGCAUCCGACUCCGCAAUUACGGAGGAACAACAAUUGGAACGACCGCUUACCCCUUUGAGUCGAUGCUUGCAAGCUGGCCUGCCAUUAGAGACUAUGCAGACAGCGGCAGGUUCUUUCACCAAGAUGUCUCAUGCCUGCGACGGGCACCUAGGAAACAUAGCCCUCAUGCACGCCAAGAUUUAUUGUUUCGCACACCAAUUCUUGUUCUCCAGACUCGAGACUUUGGCCCUACAGCGCCUAACGCAGCUUCUUCUCAAAUGCGAUACACCAACUGAUCCAUUUUUUCUGCAUCUCGCGGACGCCAUACGCCUCAUAUACGACUCAACAAUAAGAUCAAAAAUGGAAGAUCCAGCUCGAGAACUACUCUCCCAGUACGUAGCGCUAAAUUACACCAAACUAUCAGAGGAGAGUUCAAAGGAGAGUCUGGGGAACUUGAUCGCUGAAGGCGGUGACUUUACAAUCGAUGUCACCCGCAAGCUAGCCCGGAGAAUAUCAAUGAGCGGAACAUCCAUUCAAUCUCUAGAAGAACAUAUCGAUGGACUGGAAAUGAAUUUUCUCAGACUGAAGCAGGGCGCUCAAGAACAAUCUUGCUUACUCAGGCAUGCGGAGGAAGAGAUCCGAGAGUGGGAGAGCUGGAACAGAGGAAUUUCAGCAAAGCAUAAGAAGGCUAAAAGGGUGGUAACGCCGUUCGAUUUCAGUGUAUUUCAUGAAUCCUCAGCCUAG